AUGAGCUGGCCAACCCCAACGAUCUCAUCCAUCUUCGAAACCGCCUCUUACCUAGCCUCACGUCUCACCCCCACCCCCACCCUUACCUCCUCCUCCUCUUCGCGUCAUGCUCAAUCACACGAUAAACCUACCAUAGACCUCAGCACGCCCCAGAGCGAGAGAAAGACAAAUAGGUUGUAUAUGCUUGAAGAACUUACUGAUAGGGAGCCUUGGACUGAAUACGCCUUACCCACGACCAACCACAACUCAGCCGCAAAGAGUAAAGGAGAGGAGGCAGGAAGGCAAGAAACGACCUGGCGAGAAUACACCCUAAACCCGCUCCUCGUCUCCUACAUCCCCCCCUUGACAAACGACUACAUCUCCAUCUCCUCCAUCCCCGCCCUUCUCCGAGAAGCGGAGUGUGAGUGUGGGUGUGGGGAGGGGAUGGUAAGGGAUGAUAGUGAGGCGGGAGAGUAUAUGGCUGGGCGGAGGGGGUAUGAGAGGGGUGGGGGGAUGUUUCGGAGGGUGGGUCAUAGUCGUGGGCAGACAGAGACACGGGCAGGAAGGAAGAGGGAAGAAGAAGGGUGGGAGGAGCAAAAGGUCGUAGGAGGUAGUGAUGGGUGGGAAGGGAAAAGGACAAAGUCGGCUGGGACGGGGUCUUCUACUUCUAUGAGCGCUGGGAGGAAUGUGUUAUCGUUGGAGUUUGGUCAGGCAACGCGACAAUCAUCCGCUCAGGGCCAGCAGCCGCAAGCGUCAGCAGCAGGCUUUGAUAUUGACACGACGGGGACGAGUCGUCUGCCUGAGACGGAUUUAGCACUGUCCGACCACGCUGAAGACUUCCUGCAAGGUCUACCAGCGGGGACCACAGCCACCAAACGAGCUGCACUCAAUUGGCUAGCAAGUCAGAGCAGCUCAAACUUUUCCGACAAAUCGCGACCCCUCGUCACCCCUACAGACAACACUUCCAAACGCGUGCAUUUCGCCUCAACCUCACCCCCACACGCCAUCCACCCACCCAACGACCCUGACCCUGACCCUGAGAGCGACGACUACGCCUGGGGCGACAUGUCCGCAGAAGCACAGCGGUUCCUCACCACGGGCCGAUUCCGCGGCGAACGCUGA